UCGAGGUAGAAGAUAGAUUGGAGGGCAAAGUGCAUUGAUUGCAAUGAUUGCGAUAAAAGUCGCCAUCGUCAGACAAAAGAGAAUGUGACACGUGGCGGCUCCACCGUGUUCACAAAUAGGGAAAAAUAAAGCACGAGGGUGGAAGAAGGUGGUCUAUUCAUUGAUACUAGCACCUUCACCGUCAUUUUUAUUAUCGCCAUCGCCAUCGUUAUUGCACUUGUUCUUUCCCCCGGUAACCCCCCCGCCCCCCCUCACCCCCUCACCUCCCCCUUAAAAAAAAAAGAACUGCUGCCAUCUUCAUCAUCUUCAUCCUUGACAUUACAGCGGCGGGACACGUGGCGCUUCUGCUGCUGACGUGUGAGGUCAAAUAAACGUUGACAUCAUCAACAAAGGUAGAAAAGGCGGGACCUCUCUCCCGUGACGAUGGUGGGGCCGUACAAGCGCGUGAUGGACACGACUGCCUACUGCAGCUGUGGGUAUUGCUGUAGCUGGGAAUGGGGGCUGAAGUUGCCUGGCCCUCAUUACCUCACAUUCAAUAAGGGAUGGGUGCCGCUGAAGAUUCGUAAGCGCCGGCUCGCACCGGAUUUAACAAGCCCACUCGUAGCAAAGUAUUGGACAGGUACCAAUCUUGUCGGUGUACCGUACAAAGGCUUCACAUCGAAUGGUCGAUAUCCAGGGCAGUCUCGGCCACCGAUACUGUCAAAGCUGAGCAUCCAACAGUACUGGAAAAUCCCUGGCCGGUUGCUGCUGUUCCCAUGGAGGUUCUUCCCAAGGCGAGGCACAAUUGCAGCAGACACAAAGUACUAUGCAUUCGGAACACGUAUGUUCAUCCCCGGUUACGGUUGGGGCGAGGUUGAAGAUCGUGGCGGUGCAAUCAAGGGGCCCGACCGGCUCGACUUGUAUCACUUUUCGCACCAGGAGGCACUUGAAUGGGGUCGAAGAACGCUGCCGGUGACAAUUGUCCCACCAGGAGAAAGCCGGGUCGACAUCAUGCGCGCCCCCCGCGUUGUAAAGGCAGUUAUAAAGGGGUUGAACUGGACGAAGUCGCUUCUGAUAUGACUCUCUUAUCCUUGCGUCAGUGCUCUUUCCACCUUUCACUACGCAAAACAGGAAGUACGUAGGCAGGCAGCGGUGGACUAAUGCGCGAACGCUAAACGCCGUGUGAAGUUGUGCUGAUCCUUUCAACUUGAUACGCGAACGCCUCAAACGCCUCGAACGCCGCGAACGCCGCGAACACCGCGGAGUCCGUCCUUUCCGGCACGAGUUUGUUUGUUUGUUUGUUUGUUUAAGACGAGUGUCCUGCGUGCGUCAAAAAAUGACACCACUCACCUUGCUGUGAGAAUGUCGUCACGCUUUUCUGUAACAGGAAUUACUGCGGUAACAUUUGACUCAUUGCAAUCUUGAGUUUGACAAUCUUACCCUCACUCCACUCUCCCCCAUCCCCCCCCCGCCCCCUCCUCCUCCCUUGCCGCCACCCGCUCCCAAGCCACACCCUCUCACUGCUACCCUGUGGAACCACUGUCAUUUAUUCGUGCAUCUUGUCCGCGCACUCUUCUGUGCUCAGCACGGGUACAGAUUCUAGAAUCGAUCAUUGUGAAUUGAUCAUCUUUCCUCUCUUCUUCCGCCUCCUGUUCCCGUUUCAAGGCACCGUCGUAGAGGACUUCCAAAUGCGGUUUUUCCGCUGGGCUUGCAGCACUCGUUAUAAUGGCCAGCCACUGAGCUGAAGUCAUUUGUUCGUUGUAGCAGCGCCUUUCAGGUUCUCUCUACUGAAGUCUGCCCUAACUGGUUGGCGACCGAACACUCCCCAACCACCCCCAACUGCCCCAAGCCCCAAUUCGCUCCACCACCAUCCACUUAUCCUUUGAAAACUCACCAAUGAAGUCUUCAUCGAGGGGACGUUUCACAACUCACAUGCCAGGCAGUGGCCUCUUAUGACCCCUUGUCAUAUGCGCUGUGUUUUCCUUCCUAAGUUUGACGUACUCCUUAUAGCUUGAGCAUCGAACGAAUGCUGUACCGUGUCUGCACGUACUUCUUAGCUUGGACAUCGAAGUAGCGUAACUUGUUGUGCCGCGUCUUCCGUCCUAUGUUCGAUAUACUUUUUAUAGCUUGAACAUCGAAGGGGCGCUUGCUAUCGUGAACUUGAUGUGUCUAGUUGUAUAGUAAAUCUAUAGAUCCUGUCCUUAGACUCCGUUCCGUCGUUAGAAGAACGACUAUUCCGUCCUUAAAGGCUAUUGUUAGCCUUCAAGAGGGCCAGGCAGGAAUCAGGCCACUCAUGUUGAAGUGCGGUGGCAUGCACUUGUUUUUUAGCGGAACCACGUUUUCUUUCUUUUGCUCCGUUAGAAUUGCAUGCCAGGUUAGAAGACUGCGAUUCCAUCCUUAGUGGCUGUUUCAGUGCCUUGCUCCAAUGAGUGCACUUGUGUUUGUGUUUGUGUUUGUGUUUGUGUGUGUGUGUGUGUGUGUGUGUGUGUGUGUUUCAGUGCACUUGUGUUGCUCCAAGGCAUGCACUGUUUUGAAGUUUUCUUCUGUUUUUUUUUUUUGAAGUGCAGUGGCAUGCACUUGUGUUUUAGCAGAACCACGUUUUUCAUCUUCUUAUUCCUAAUUUAUGUCGUUACUGACUCGCGAAAGAAAAUACCGGGAAGUGAAAUCACAGGCUACGUAUGAGGUGGUGGGCCUUAUGUAUGGUGUGAGCAGCU